CAGCCAAAGCCAGAUCUGUAUUAAAUGCCAGUCGUUGUAUUGCGUGUUUUACAGCAUGCCGGGAUUGAACCUUGAUUACAUGUAUUUUCAUUCGUUUUGAAAGGUGGGCCUAUCUGUGCUUGGUUGUCUGCACCAGAAACAGGCUGUCCGAUUGACGGGUUCUUCCUAUGUUUUGUAAACUAGGUGAUCAAGUCCAUGGAUACAAAGGGGAAAACAGAGGACGAGCGAAGCCUUAUCAGGGCUUCAGCUGAUGUAGGCGUUAAUGGCCCAGAUUCUGCCGAUUCUGCCGUUACUGUCAAGGGCUCCAAGGAUGCUACUCAUUCAUUUGUCUACGUCUUGGCAUUCUUCUCCGCACUUGGUGGAUUUCUGUUCGGAUAUGACACCGGAGUGGUGUCUGGGGCCAUGCUCUUGCUCAAGAGAGAGAUGAACUUGAGUACGCUAUGGCAGGAGUUACUGGUCUCCAGUACAGUGGGUGCAGCGGCCCUGUCUGCUCUGGCUGGCGGGUACCUAAAUGGACUGUACGGGCGACGAGUCUGUAUCUUGCUUGCAAGCUUUAUUUUCACUAUAGGUGGCAUCCUGUUAAGUGUAUGUCCGGACAAAGAGGUUCUACUUCUUGGGAGGCUGACAAUUGGACUCGGUAUAGGUAUCGCCUCUAUGACAGUGCCUGUUUAUAUUGCUGAAGUCUCUCCACCACAUCUCAGGGGACAACUAGUUACCCUCAACACCCUGUUCAUCACUGGUGGCCAGUUUAUUGCCAGUAUCGUCGAUGGAGCGUUCAGCUACCUGCACCAUGACGGCUGGAGGUACAUGUUGGGUCUGUCAGUGGUACCUGCUGUGCUGCAAUUCCUAGGCUUCCUCUUCCUCCCUGAGAGUCCGCGCUGGCUCCUCCAGAAAGGACUGACCCAGAAGGCAUGGCAGGUGCUCAGCAAGAUCCGCGGCACAGCGCAUGUGGACGAGGAAUAUGACGCCAUUAAGACCAGCAUUGAACAGGAGGGCUCUGGAGGAGGUGGACCAGUGCUCUGCCGGAUCCUGAGCAACCCCCCAGUGCGACGGGCCCUGAUUGUUGGCUGUGGCCUUCAGAUGUUCCAGCAGCUGUCUGGAAUCAACACCGUUAUGUAUUACAGUGCCACCAUACUGCAGAUGGCCGGUGUGCGUGAUGAUAAAAUGGCCAUCUGGCUCGCGGCAGGCACUGCUGGCACCAACUUUGUCUUUACCCUGUUGGGGGUGUGGCUUGUGGAAAGGGUGGGGCGCAGGAGGUUGACUCUGGGCAGUAUUGUUGGUACCGCCAUCAGUUUGGCUGUGCUGGCUGUUGGGUUUCUACUGUCCGCCCAGAGUUCACCCCCGGUCAGUUCCCAUCCCAUCGGCCAGGUUCUUAACUCCUCCUGCACGCAAUACAGAUUCUGUGAGCCCUGCAUGCUUGAUCCAGAGUGUGGUUUCUGCUACCGUGAGAAUGGCACGUCUUCGUUUGACACGUCUUGUGUCUCUGUCAAUCCAGUGAGCACCGCAGAGGCCGCUUGGGGCAGAUGUAACAAUGGCUCUCAGGAAACUUCUGGAACGUUCUGGGCUUAUAAUUAUUGCCCCACUCGCUACUCUUGGAUUGUCCUGCUGGGACUUCUUCUGUACUUGGCCUCCUUUGCCCCUGGCAUGGGGCCGAUGCCCUGGACCAUCAACUCUGAGAUCUAUCCCCUGUGGGCAAGGAGUACAGGAAAUGCUUGCUCAGCCGGUGUCAACUGGACCUGCAACCUCCUAGUGUCUCUGACCUUCCUGCACGUGGCAGAGUACCUCACCUACUAUGGUGCGUUCUUCCUCUACUCCGGGCUGUCACUGCUGGGCUUCCUCUUCAUCUUCAGCUGCCUGCCCGAGACCAAGGGCCAGCGGCUGGAGGACAUCGAGGCUCUGUUUGCGGAGCGGCUGUGCACCUGUGGGAGCCCCGGUGCCUCGCAUAGACACUACAUCAGGCCCCAAAUGGAGUUGGCCAAAACGCAGUAUGGAUCACUGGAACAAAAUACUGCUGUUUCAUACAUAACAGUGAGUAUGGCAAACACACAUUACAGGGCCACUGCCUAACAGUGUUUAUGGCAAACACACAUUACAGGGCCACUGCCUAACAGUGUUUAUGGCAAACACACAUUACUGGGCCACUGCCUAACAGUGAGUAUGGCAAACACACAUUACAGGGCCACUGCCUAACAGUGUUUAUGGCAAACACACAUUACAGGGCCACUGCCUAACAGUGAGUAUGGCAAACACACAUUACUGGGCCACUGCCUAACAGUGAUUAUGGCAAACACACAUUACUGGGCCACUGCCUAACAGUGAUUAUGGCAAACACACAUUACUGGGCCACUGCCUAACAGUGAUUAUGGCAAACACACAUUACUGGGCCACUGCCUUGUUGUAAUCAUAACAGUGAUUAUGGCAAACACACAUUACUGGGCCACUGCCUUGUUCUAAUCAUAACAGUGAGUAUGGCAAACACACAUUACUGGGCCACUGCCUAACAGUGAUUAUGGCAAACACACAUUACUGGGCCACUGCCUAACAGUGAUUAUGGCAAACACACAUUACAGGGCCACUGCCUUGUUCUAAUCAUAACAGUGAGUAUGGCAAACACACAUUACAGGGCCACUGCCUUGUUGUAAUUAUAACAGUGAGUAUGGCAAACACACAUUACAGGGCCACUGCAUAACAGUGAGUAUGGCAAACACACAUUACUGGGCCACUGCCUUGUUGUCAUUAUAACAGUGAGUAUGGCAAACAUUCAUAUGAAUAAUGAUGAGGAUUUAAGCGAUGUGAAUAAUGUUCUUGCACUUUACUAAUGGUUUUGCCCUGCUCUACACCACUCUUUAUCUUUAGUUGCCCUAGAGAUACAGUGGCCCUUCAUGGAGUGCUUUACUGGGACCAAUACACUGAGAGUGGAUUAUGAAAGAUGUGGCUUUUUAUACCAUAAUGAAACAGAAUGCCUUGUUGUUUGUUUUGAUUGCAGAUGGUUGUUUUGUGAUGAAAUCAUUCUAUGAACUAAGAUGUUGUCUUUUGGGGUUUAAAAAGCUCUGUAUAAUUGGAAUUGACAUGUAUUUGUGGGGAUUUUGGACAUUUCCGACUUCCACCAAUAGGUACCAUACCAUACCAACCAUAUUGUAAUGUGCUACAAUACAAUGUAUUGUGCUAGGUUUUUUUAUUUCAAGACUUGAAAGGCUCUGAUCUGCCAUUUAUCAAAGGGAAGGUUUGUGUAAUUGUCUAGAUGACGGAUUCCAGAUUGUGCUUUUAGACCAUAUUGUCAUAAAUGAACAAGACCAUAUCAUUUUGUAUGGGAUUUCUUUCUACCAGUUUGUUGGUAAGAAGAGUUAAUGAAGGAUUAUUACUGUAUUAAAUCUGUAAAUAUUCAUAUUAAAUCGAUAUUGAUGCUCUUGUA